AACCCAGUGUUCUUGCCCCCCCCCCCCCCCUCCUCUCUCUCCCUCCUUCUUUCUGUUUAUAUACGUGUAACGUGUUCUUCUUCUUCUUCUUCUAGUUCACAAUCUCUCUCAAUUUUUUCUCCGGGGUUCUCUUUAUAUUUUCAGUUUUAUCGAAUAAAGCUAAGCUUUGAUCAAAUGGUUGAUAUUCAAACAGUAUGUUGCAUGUGCGGCGACGUUGGUUUCCCUGACAAACUCUUCCGUUGCAACAAAUGUCGCAACCGUUUUCAGCACUUGUAUUGUAGCAAUUACUACGGCGAAUUUUCAGAGCCAAUUGAACAGUGUGAUUGGUGUCAAAGUGAAGAGAGAAAUGCAAGACAUGGAAACUCUUCAAAGAAAUCAGGAGCUGAACAUGAUAGCGGAACACUAGUCACAAAACGAUCAGAGUAUUCAGGUGAUCAUAAAAUCAAGCAACAUGAUCGCGAAGAGAAUAGCACUACUAGUAGUGAUCAAAAGGGAAAGAACCCAAGUGGGAUUCCCUCUCCAAGGCCUACUACACGCAGGUACAAGCUUCUCAAGGAUGUCAUGUGUUAAAAAGAAAAGGAGUGUCCACAGGGCUGUUCCGAAAGUACUUCUUUGGUUUUGUGCGUUGAUAGAGUGGAAGAAAGCUAAUUAAUUGUAAGUUGUUCAGCUUUUUUAAGUGUUUUUUUUUCAUCACGAGUUUUGGUUAAUUUGUGCUAUGUUUUCUGUAAGCUGUUAAUAAAAUAAUGUAAAACUUUCUCGAA